AAUAACAAAAAUACCAAACUUUUAUAUAUCCUUAAAUUAUUACCGAUACUCGAUCCCAAAACAGGCUUGGAGGGAAAUUUCCCUCGCUUGUGCAAAAAAAAAAAAAAAAAACCCUUUUCUCCUCCUUAGGAUCUGGAUUCGUCUUCAAUGCAAAUCAAUCGGAGAACACAAACCUCAAGAACCAGCCUAAUCCGCCGCCACUCUUAUCGGCGGCGAAGCCGAAAACCCUGAUUAUCGGCAACGUCCGUCGCCGUGAAGAGGAUUUCGACGGCGACGAGGAGAGGAGAAGAAGAUGGCGAUAGAGAUGCCAAGAGGUUUACCUUUUUCCGUCGACACUUUUGGACCGUACACGACGACGAAGAGAAGGAAGAGACAUCAUUUCUUGACUCAUGCUCACAAAGACCACACCGUCGGGAUUUCUCCUUCCAACAUCGUCUUCCCCAUUUACUCUACUCCCCUCACGGUUUCUCUUCUUCUUCAACGUCACCCUCAGCUUGAUGAGUCUUUCUUCGUGAAGAUUGAAAUUGGGCAAUCGGUGAUCGUUGAUGAUCCAGAUGGAGAAUUUAGGGUUACUGCUUUUGAUGCGAAUCAUUGUCCUGGAGCCGUUAUGUUCUUGUUUGAAGGAAGUUUCGGUAACAUACUCCACACUGGUGAUUGUAGGCUUACACGAGAUUGCUUACAGAGCUUGCCUGAGAAAUAUGUGGGAAGACAAGGCAAUGCACCAAAAUGCUGUCUCGAUUACAUUUUCUUGGAUUGCACAUUCGGGAAAUCCUCUCAGAGGUUUCCGACUAAGCAUUCAGCAAUAAGACAGAUCAUCAAUUGUAUAUGGAACCACCCAGAUGCACCAGUUGUCUAUCUUGCUUGUGAUAUGUUGGGCCAAGAGGAUAUACUGUUAGAAGUUUCCAGAACGUUUGGCUCCAAGAUUUAUGUCGACAAAGCUACAAACUUGGAGUGUUUCAGAUCGUUAAUGGUGAUAGUUCCUGAAAUUGUCUCUGAAGAUCCUUCUUCUCGGUUUCACAUAUUCAGUGGGUUCCCUAAACUGAAUGAAAGAGCAAGUGCAAAACUUACGGAGGCCAGAUUAAAACUUCAGAGUGAACCUCUGAUCAUUCGCCCUUCAGCUCAGUGGUAUGUUUGUGAUGAUGAAGAUUAUUUCGAAAGUGGAAGCCAAAUUCAAAAGCAGAGAAAAGUUAGGUUUAGCGAAGCUGUGAGGGAUGAGUUUGGUAUGUGGCAUGUGUGUUACUCAAUGCAUUCAUCCCGAGAAGAAUUGGAAUUAGCUAUGCAACUUCUUUCUCCGAAAUGGGUUGUAUCAACAGUUCCUUCUUGUAGAGCCAUGGAAUUGGACUAUGUGAAGAAAAACUGUUUUAUCAGCCGGUUUUCUUCUGAUGAUCCCUUCUGGAAAAUUCUAGACAUUGACAUGGGAGGAGUUUCUUCAGUUGCUGCAACUGAUACUCACACAGUAACUCUUAGUUGCUGUCUCAUGAGUGAUGGACUCGCUUUGGGUUCUGCAAAUUCCAAGAUGGAACCCUUAAUCGAAUCCUCUAGCGUAAAGAAGCAGCUCCUGAGUUUAUCCCCUGAAAAAAAUCUUCCUAUAACUCUGUUUGGGAGAGCAAGGCUAAGCUCUCAGGAAUCUGAUCGACCACUACAUGAGAGAAAAGCCAUACACAAUCAAUGCGUCUACACCAAAACCUGGCCGGAAGUGGAAAAGUUGAAUCUGGAGGAAGUAGUUGAGUCUUUACAAGAUGAUGAUAACAAAGAAGAAGAAACAGUGGAGAAGGAAUCUUGUAGAAGCUUUUUUUCUCCUUCUUCAAAGGAGACUUGCAAAGAUCUUAGUGGUGAUUUAAGAAAGCUAUACAGGUCAAUGAACGCACCUGUGCCUCGGCCGCUACCCUCAUUGAUGGAGCUUAUGAACGCUAGGAAACGCUCUCGGAAAGACUUGAGUUUCUAGUAAUUCACGCAGGUUUUAUAGCAUUUGCGUUUCAUAUGUUACUUAGCCUGAUCACAUUCUUACAGUCUCAUUACAGUUCAUAAUGAUUGUAACCUUGAUUUAUUCCAGAAUGAAUACAAUCUUUGUUAUAUCUUCUUAAGUGAAGCAGCUUACGUUGUAACCUAGGAUUUGAUAGAUGUUUGGUUGUAUCACUUGUAAAUAUUUCUAUUAUG